UCUGCAUUGCGUCUGCAUCUCCCCUUUCCUUUACCUCGCCUCAGCUUAACCCUGAACCAAAAUGGCCAACGAACGCAUCGCCUGGAUCGGCCUGGGUAACAUCGGCCGCGGCAUGUCCCGCAACAUCGCCACCAAAGGCCCGCAAACCAGCCCGAUCACCCUGUACAACCGCACCGCCGCGCGCGCCGAGUCCUUCGCCGCGACGCUGCCCGCCGACCGGGCGAGCGUGGCGACCGGCCUCCCCGCCGCCGUCUCGGCGGCGACCAUCAUCUUCAUCUGCGUCGGCGACGACGCCGCCCUGGACGCGAUCAUCGACACGCUCACCUCCGCCGCGGACCUCGACCUGAGCGCCAAAAUCCUGGUCGACUGCUCCACCGUCCACCCGGACACCUCGCGGCGCGUCGCCGGCACCCUCACCGACCGGGGGGCCCGCUUCGUCGCGUGCCCGGUGUUCGGCGCCCCCGCCGCGGCCGACGCCGGCCAGCUGGUGGUGGUCCCGGCCGGCCCGCCGGGGGCCAUCGACCGCAUCGCCCCGUUCCUGGAGGGGGUCGUCGCGAAGGCCGUGGUGCCGAUGCCCGGCGCGGACGUGGGGCGGGCCACGACGCUCAAGGUCCUGGGCAACACCUUCAUCUUGAACACGGUCGAGAGUCUGGCCGAGGGGCUGGUGGCGGCCGAGAAAUCCGGGCUCGGGGCCGACGUCUACCAGGAGUUUAUCCAUCGCAUGUUCCCGGGUCCGUUCGCGGCGUACGCCGACCGCAUGGUCUCCGGGGAUUACUGCCGGCGCGCGGAGCCGCUGUUCGCGGUGGACCUCGCCCGCAAGGAUCUGCGGCAUGCGGGCAGUCUGGCGGCUGCCGCGGGCAUGCGGUUGCGCAGUGUCGAGGUGACGGAUGGGUAUUUGCAGGAGGUCAAGCGGGAGAAGGGGGAGAAGGGCGAUAUUGCGGCGGUGUAUGGGGCGGUGCGGAAGGAGGCCGGGUUGGGGUUUGACAAUUGAUUGUUUUUUUUUUUUUUGUAUAUUGUACUCUUACUGCGGGGCGGUGCGGUGCGGUGCGG